AUGAUUUAUCACCCCGUUUGGAUUUUUCGAAUAGAGUCGCACACCUUUUGGCCUAAAGAAUGCCCCUUAGAUUUAUCAACGCCCCGUAGACAACGCGCUGUAUGGAGUUUUGCAGAUCCCGCGGUCUGGCGACGCCGGGGCUUUACAACGGAUGUAUUCCAGACAGGGAUCGCGGACGAUCCUGAUCGCGAGUCAGUGUUGGGACAGAGAUCUUACAUUGACGACAUCAUGAUCGCAGCGGAAUCGUGGGAUCAAAUGUGCCGAAGGGUGGAAGAUCUGUUGGAGGCUUGCGAUAAGUGGAAUUUGUCGAUCACUGUGGCGAAGAGCUUCUGGGGCAUCGAUAAGGUAGGAUAUCUGGGGCACCGAGUGUCGAUCGAAGGUCUAGAGGCGAACCAAAAAGAUCUGGAAUCCCUGACCGAUCUGCCAUUCCCCGGGUCACUUCGAUCCAUGCAGGUGUUCCUGGGUAGUUUGAAUUACUACAGCAAAUUCAUUGAAGGUCAUGCUAUCUACGCUUCGGUGUUAUAUGAACUACGCGAGGUGGAGUUUGCAGAACUGGAGAAACGAUCGGAUCUGAGGGAGAUCAUGGACCGGAACGACCCGAUACCUCGAGAUCACGACCCACCGGAACUGAAGUUGACGGGACCAGGCACAUAG